UGCCUGUCUGAAGGGGGAUAGCACUUGUCAGUAAUUGGGGGUAAUGGGGUCAAUUUCAAGGUACAUGAACUUUUGGAAGCAGUGUGUCGAUUUACUGAUGCUAGGUCAUUCUACAAAGACUACAGUAUUUCUCUUUGUCAAAAUAUAUUUUGUCCCCUAGAGCUGAUGAUUGCUGCAGACACUUCAUGAUUGACAUGUUGUCAGAUAAUCAGUAUGUGAUAGUUGGGGAGACGAUGCAAUAUCGCUCACUCCAUGACUUGGUGGCCUUUCACUGCAGAAACCACAUUAUGACCUUUAACCAACUACUGACUCUGUCCUGUGAACAGGAACAGCCAACAAAGUCUGUUCCAAAGCCCAGAACAAUACAUACUUCCAUGACUCCAACCCAAGACACACCUCCACCAUUACCACCCAGAGCUUCCUUAGUAAGUCGGCCGCAACCUACAAUGGAGGAAGACAGAUCUGACAGACAGAAAAUCCCACCCAAUACACAUGGUGAAGACAAUGGAAACAACCCUACCCAACAGAAACACCAACAACAGUUGAAACCAGUCAUGGCUCAAAUUGAGAAAAAGUUUAAAAAGAAGUGCAGUCAUUCAGAGGACCACACAUAUGAAGAGAUAAUAAUGAUAUAUGUCAAGAGAAUGGUACAUUUUUGGCACUGGAGAGCUAUAAUUUGAACCCUCAGCCAGCAGUGGAAAAUUGCUAUCAGGAAUUGCCUGACAACUGUCCAGACUAUCGAAGUACAUCAAGCAGCUGAUGAUAUUCCUAACUAUGUAGACAGAGAAUUACCAUUAGAGUACCUAAAUCCACCGCCAUUUGCAACUGGUUACUAGAUAAAUAAGUAGAUUUGUGGUUUUGCAUAAAGCAUUUAUUUUGUUGUGUUCUGUUUGUUUGAUCACAUUUCAAUAUCCAUAUUUUUGUUGCUACUAUUUUCUGUGCUGUCAUUUCAAUUUCUGACAUAAUACGUUGUGGACAAUGAACAGAAGUUUGCCAUCUGGAAAAACCUGUUUGGCACUGUAAAAUGCUGUAAUGUGACAAUAACUGUGUUGAUGUCAUCUUGAGCCUGUGGGCAUGAAUUUGAAUGUACUUCUCUAUUUUAAUAAAUGCUUUGACACAUAAUUUGGAA